GAUGGAGAUGUCAUCGCUGAGAGCUCCCUUCCCACCCACGCUCAGCCUGCCUGGGGAACUCCAGCAGGGAAAAGGGGAAGGGUGAGAGGAAGGAGAGCGGAGGGGAGGAGGCGGGGUCAUCAGGGCUCCGUAUCUCACAGACCAGAAACAGAAGCUGCACCCAGAGAGCAGGCGGACCUGAGGCCCUCGCUCUUGGGUACCUGAGUAGGUAAGAGCUGGGAGGUUGGACCUCAGAAGCUGGAGAAGAGUAUCUGUAUUCUAGGAGGAACUGGGGCCCUGGAAUUCUGCGUCUUCCAGGUUGGAGAGAGCUGGAGGCUCAGAUUCCUGGUUCCUGGGGAGGGAAGGGCUGAGACUUUGGACGUUGAACCCACAAAGCUGGAGGAAGGAAGUUAGGGGCCCCUGAAGCUAAGGUGCUGCCUGCUAGGUUCUGAGGAGACAGGACAUGGCGGUUUAGGGGUAGAGAGCCCCUCAGGAAGUGUGGGUCAGACCCAAGGCCCCAGGCAGCCCUCCAGCGCUCCAGCCCGGACUUUGCCUCUGCCUUGGCCUGCCUGAGCCCCAUCCUGAAUGCCAGCCCUUCUUCCCCAAGCUCACCCAGCCCCAGUCCCAGGACUGAGAGCCCCAGGGAGCUUGGAGAGGUGAGCAUCUCAGGGAGGCCCUGGAGGCUGGGAGCUGCAAGGAGGGCCUGGGAGGACAGGGAGAAACUCCCCAAGCAGGAGAAUGCGUGAGAUAGGGUUGAACACUGCGGGAUAGGUGGGGAAAUUGCCUGGAGUGGAGAGCUGGCCAAUUAGAUCAGACCCCCACCCGUGACUUCUGCCUGAGAGCCAACGGGGGCCUAGUGGUUGGGGCCACAAUCUCAUGCACCUGGGGCCUCCUUGAGGGCUGGUUUUUCAGGUGUGAGAGAGACAGGUGUCCUGCCUCAGCCCCGCUCCUUCACCUGCAGAGCCCGGCAUGUGGGGCUACCUGUCGCUGAUGCCCAUCUUCCUAGCUGUCUGGGCUAUCUCUGGCGUCUGGAUCGUUUUUGCCAUUGCAGUGACCAACAGGACUGUGGACCUCAGCAGAGGCUUUCCCUACAUCAGCAUCUGCGGAUCCUUCCCCCCUCAGAGCUGCAUCUUCAGCCAGGUGCUCAAUAUGGGAGCUGCUCUGGCCGCGUGGAUCUGCAUUAUCCGUUACCACCAGCUCCGGGACUGGGGCGUCGGAAGGUGGCCUAACCAGCUGAUCCUAUGGACGGGUCUUCUCUGUGCCCUGGGCACCUCCGUGGUAGGCAAUUUCCAGGAAAAGAACCAGCGGCCCACGCACUUGGCAGGGGCCUUCCUUGCCUUCAUCUUGGGUAACGUCUACUUCUGGCUGCAGCUCCUCCUGUGGAGGCUGAAGAGCCUGCCCCAGCCCGGGGCUCCCUGGAUUGGGCCACUCCGUCUGGGCCUCUGCAGCUUCUGCACCAUCCUCAUUGUGGCCAUGAUCGUCCUCCACGCCUGCUCGCUGCGCAGCGUCUCUGCGGCCUGCGAGUGGGCGGUGGCCAUGCUGCUGUUCGCGCUCUUCGGUCUCUUCGCCGUUGACUUCUCCUCCCUGGAGAGCUGCACCCUGUGUGUUCAACCGUGGCCCAGCCUCAGCCCCUCGCCGGCCUCCCCCAUCUCCCUGCCGGUCCAGCUGUAGCAGCCACCCUGACCUGGGCCUCGCCCUCACCAGUGAAGCAGGAAAGAUGGGGCCAAUCUCAGUGCCCCGCACGCAGCAAGAUGAGCCACAGGGGAUCUCUCCAACCGGCUGGGGCUGCUGCUCACUGACCUGGAGCCGGAGGAC